AUGUCUAAUGAUCCUCAAUUCGAUUUAUUAAAUUUGGAACAGACAACCAGUGAGAUUAUGUAAAUGCCACUCACAAAUAAAUUUUUUAAGAAAUUCUAAACUGAGUUUAUAGCUGAACCUUGGGAUGCACCUAUCAGUCCUGUGAAAAAAAACAAUUAAAAAACCAAUUUAGCAACAUUAAAAGAUCCAAUAUCUCGAAUUCAACCUAAAAAAUAAAUUACAGAUACACCGAUUACUCCUUAAAAACCUAAGAGUUGUCAACAAAAAAAAUUAUUUGUAGAUCUAGGAAUACCUAUCUAUACUCCUACUUAUCCUAAAAUUAUCUAAAGAAUUAUCAUAUAGACGCAAAAUAAAUCUUCUAGAAAAAAUUCAACUAGUUAAUAUAGAUAAAAAUGUUUUUAGAGUAUGUUUGUUGCUUAAAAAUAAAAUACUUAAUUUUAAAAUAUGGUUCAUUCAUCAAGUGAUUACUUUAAUUUUAUAUCUCUAAUAAAUCCAGUAUCUUAAAAAAACAAAACAAAAAAAGAACCUAUAUUUAAAAAUUCUAAGUUUAAAUUAAAAAAAUUGUUAUAAUGA